CAAAAGUAUAUAAAUUUCUUCCUCUCUUUACUCUUCUUUCUCAUCACAUUAGCUGCUUGUCUAAAAUAGAUAAAAAGUAGAGCCCUUUCUCUGAAAAAUGUUGCUGAGAACAUCUGCCAUGAACAGGAGUUUGAACAGAGAGAAUCCAGAUAUUUUGGUUGUGAUGAUUGCAGAGAGAGAGCAGAUAAUGAAGGACCCUCAAGGGAGAUCAGUCUUCAGAGCGAGACAGAGAGCGCAGAGAGAGGAGAUGAGCAGAGGGAUGGGGAUGGGCCCUCAAAAGCCUGCAAUAGAAAUGAGUGGCACUGCACCACCAAAGAGGCUUUCUGGAGAACACUCGUCCACUGGUUUUUUCCAAGUGGGUCAUUCCUCCUCUCCAAAUGGAUGGAAUUGGAAGGUUACCUGAAAGAGUUGGAAUGUUUCUUCUGGAAUAAAACUGCUGUAACUUAUGGUUUGGACCCAGAGGUUGAUAAUAAUGAUGUAGCAGCUGUUCUUGCGUAAGGGGUUUCGAUUCUUUUGUGACUCGUAAAAUGAUGGAGAAUGAUAUGUUCAAUGUGCCAAUGGAUAUAGCUGGCCGGAAUCAUGUGGUCAUGGAUGGAGUUUCUUCACACAUGUCCACAAAUUCACUCAUUCAGUCUGAUUUAUUUCACCUCAACAGCCAAAACCAGUUCAUGAUUGGACUUCCCGUGCUUCCAAUGUUGCAAGGAGAAACUAUAAAUGGUCUCCAUGCUGAUUUUCAAAUGACUAGUCGCCCAGCGAUUGUUGAUUCUGAUGAGUUGGUUUCUAGAAAUUCAUCACUUGGACAAGCCUGCCCCAUUGGAAGCACCAAUGGUCAGGAGCAAUUCAAUGAAGUGACAACCAUUUCUGCUUCUUCACUCGCCACCCUUUUGGCCACAAAAAGUGGACUUCACGAAAAUCUAGAUAAUUUAGCCAUUUCAGCGACUUCAGUUUUCCCUUCAGAAGAUUUAAGGACUUUUGUCUCAAGUGACUGCUCCAAUACUUCAAAUUCUUCACUUGCAACCUCAGUGGACUGUCCCUAUGAUGGAGUACUAAGUGACAUGACUCGUAAAUGGGGUUUUGACAAGUUUCUUCCUCCUCCAGAGCUUACUGGGAAAACCACUUUAAGAACCGGGUUUCAACCAUUUCAUAUCAUAGGAGACAUGGAUCCAAAUGGGUGGAUAUCAUCAAGUGCAGACACGAGAACAGUUCCUCCUUAUGGCUCCUCUAAUGAGUUGUCUCUAAGUCUUGCCACUUCUCAGCCCUCUGUUAUGUGCGGGGCAACUGCUCCAAAUCAGUGCUCCGAGAGAAGCUGUUCGGGUGUAACUCACCCUUGCUUAAAUGAAGUAGGAUUGGGCUCAGAACAAGGUUCUUGCAACAGUAAGGAGCUUUCCCUGAGUUUUGGUUCUUAUAGACCUGCCCAAUUCUCUCAAGUAAUAUCUGGAUCAAGAUAUCUUCAUGUGAUUCAGGAAAUACUUGCUGAAAUUUUGAACUAUUCGCUUGAAAAUCUAGACCACUCGAAUUAUUCAACCACUAGGACUGGGGGUCAGGCAAAUGUGCAAUUAUCUUCAGGUUAUGCUGCUCAGAGAGGGCUUUUAGUGAUGGGUUCUGAUGAAUUUCCUGAUGAGGAUGGUAGAUAUGCAGUUCCAAUGGAUCCAGUGUUGCAAAAGCGGGAAGUUGAAGCUAAGAAAACCCAACUUCUGGCUCUACUUCAAGUGGUUGAUGACCAAUAUAACCAAUGCUUGGACGAGAUUCAUACAGUGAUAUCUGCGUUUCAUGCUGCAACAGAGUUGGAUCCUCAGAUACAUGCUCGAUUUGCCCUUCAUACGAUCUCUUUGCUAUAUAAAAACCUCAGAGAAAGAAUUAGCAACCAAAUCCUUGCGAUGGGAACGCGUUUCACAAAUGGAUGCACAAGUGAAAAGGAGAGACCACCUUUUGAGUCUUCUUUCAUCCAAAAGCAAUGGGACCUCCAGCAGCUAAGAAGAAAAGAUCAUCAACUAUGGAGACCGCAAAGAGGCUUGCCAGAAAGAUCUGUCUCAGUUUUACGGGCAUGGAUGUUCCAGAACUUUCUACAUCCGUAUCCUAAGGACACGGAGAAGCAUUUGCUUGCAGUAAAAAGUGGAUUGACAAGGAGCCAGGUUUCCAAUUGGUUUAUAAAUGCUCGGGUCCGACUGUGGAAGCCAAUGAUAGAGGAAAUGUACUCAGAGAUGAACAGGAGAAAGGGUCGUAGAAAUGAUGAAGAGUCCAACAACAGCAAUCGAAGAAGCACCAUAAGCAUGGACAAUCAAAGAUAUAAAAUCAUCUGAAAGCUGCAAUGGAGAAAGAUAUGGUGUGGGCAGGACUCUGCAUUUCUUCAUCAUUCAACUGUACAUAAUGUUCCAUACAGUCGGGAAGUUGACUGGUAAAAGUUCUGUUUAUUAUUUGUUUCUAGCAUGAACAACUUCUAUAAAAGCAUCAGAAAUCCAAGUGAAUUAUAUUGCUGCAUUCUGCGCAAUCCCCAGUUGUAUACCAUUUUUCUAGUUACCAUCUUCAUAUUAUCGGAGGGGACAUGGGUGCUUAUGCUUCAUUUGUUACGCUAAAACUCUUUCUUCCAACUCCUACUGUUUCUUAUUGGUUAUUGGGAUCAUUUAUUGACAGAAAAUUAUGUUUUGACCA